AGGGUCACACUAGCUGAAAGCUCAAGUAAAAAAAAACACUUGGCAAAAAUCAGAUAAUAAACAAAAUCAAAGAUAGUUGAAUUUGUAAUAAGAUGGAAUACGAAAGUGUGCUGAUCGUCAAGCCGGAGGUGUUCAUCUAUAAAAUACCACCGCGCGCCAGCAAUCGAGGCUAUAGAGCGGCAGACUGGAAUCUAAAGGAGCCCACCUGGACAGGCCGGAUGCGGCUGGUGGCUAAGGGAACCGCCUGCAUUCUGAAGCUGGAGGACAAGACCAGUGGCGCAUUGUUUGCCAACUGCCCCAUCGACACAUAUCCCGGCGUUGCCAUUGAGGCAGUAUCCGACAGCUCCCGGUACUUUGUGAUCCGCGUCCAGGAUGAUAAUGGUCGCUCGGCAUUCCUUGGUUUGGGUUUUGGUGAUCGAUCGGACUCCUUCGACCUUAAUGUAGCGCUGCAGGAUCAUUUUAAGUGGGUAAAGAAUCAGGAGCAAAUCGAAAAGGAGAAAUCAGAGCCCAAGCAGGAGCUGGAUCUGGGAUUCAAGGAGGGCGAGACCAUUAAGAUCAAUAUGAGAAUAACGAAAAAGGACGGCUCCGAGGGAUCCUCGCGCACCGGGAAGAACAAGGGAUCAUCGGGCGUUUUGCCACCACCACCCGGUGGCUUAAGCAAGAUCGCACCACCACCGGCCGCAGCAGCCACGACGGUGCGGCAAAGCCCCGGCGUCUCGCCCGCCCACAGACCCGCCGGAGGUUCCGAAUGGACCGAUUAUGCAUCCGCAGGCGGCAACCAGGGACAACAGAACGCGGCCAAUGCCAACGCCAACUGGGUGCAGUUCUAGAUAGACAUACAACAUCCUGUUCCUCCUGCUGGUGCUGCUGCGCUUUUUUUCUACCCCAACAUUAUGGUUUAAGAUGAUUGACCAGAUUUCUUUCUACAUUAUUAUUCAAUAUUGAUUCGCAUGUUUUUCUUUCGGUUUCGAUUUUAAAACACGACCACUUACACAAAAAUUGAAACGGAAAUCCAUAAAGAACAUUCAGCAGAAGCGCCGACAAGCGUAAAACGUUAAAGAUAACAUUUAUAUAUAUUUUUUUUAAAUUAAAUUGAAAGUGUGUAUUAGCUUACUCGCCCAACCACUCUCCCUCUCUUGCUGUCUUGCUUUCUAUCUCUAUCUUUCUGACUCGCUCUAUUUGAUGGAGAAAUGGGAAAAGAAAGUAAAAGAAGAGAAAUUGAAACAAAAAUAAAUAAAAAAGAGGCUGAGUUCUCAGUGGGCGGGGAUUUUUAGUAAAACUA